AUGUUUUACGAGAUUGGGACUGAUCAUGGCUUGCCAUAUGAUCCAUUCAAAGCUUGCGUGGUCCCCCGACCCAUCGGCUGGAUCUCCACUCGCUCUACCUCUGGCACCGACAACCUAGCCCCUUACUCUCAAUUCACAAACCUGACUUUCGACCCGCCUUACGUCAUGUUUUCAUCCAAUCGCACACCCGAGGGAAAACGCAAAGAUACCGUCGUCAAUGCUGAGGAGACUGGCUUCUUCGGCUGGAACUUGGCUACCUAUGCACUUCGCGAGCAACUCAACAUCACAGCUCAACAGCUCGACCCCAUUGAAGAUGAAUUCGUGCAUGCAAAGUUGGAAAAGGAAGACGCGAAGAAUAUUCCUGUGCCGCUGGUCAAGGACUCACCGGUGAGGUUCGAGUGUCAAUUCGACAGAGUGAUUGAAUUACCUGGUAAUCCACCUAUGGGGACUGUCGACAUCGUCUUCGGCAAAGUCCUCGCAGUCCACAUCUCCGACACCGUGCUCACCUCUGGCAAAAUCGACAUUGCAAAAACCGAACCCAUAGCCAGGUUAGGAUACUACGAUUACGCGGUCAUCAGAGAUACCUUUGAGAUGAAGAUCCCGGGGACUAACAAAGCUUUGCUGGAUGGACUUGAGGGGAGUUCGAGGGCGAAUAGGGAGUUGGAAGGGAGGGAUGGAGGAAAAGGCGAACAAGGGCAGAGGGAGCAGGUAAAGAGGAGUCAGAGUGCUGGUGCUGGAGAGGGGAUUGGUGGGAGGGAAUAG